UUAGCUGUUUAUGAAUUGAAAAUUUUAUGAACAGCUGUUACAUGGAAUAAUAUUUGCAAUUGCAUUAUAUGUAUUAGAUUAUGUAUUGAGAAUUAUUACUAAUAAGAGUAAUAAGCAUUGAAGUUUUACAUUAAUCUAUAAAAGUGAACAUCUGUCAAACACUUUUCUAUUCUGCAAAGACGAGAGAUUUAUUUUCAAGAAAAAUUUCUAACCUUAAAAAUGAGUGCACCAAUAAGUACAGCAAUGGAUAAUUUAACAGCUGCAAUUAGAUCUAAUAUUAUUCCAAAUCAAGAAUAUUUAUUGCAAGGAUCUGUGUUAGACAGUGCUGUAGAAGUAUUGCUUCAUAGAUUACGUGGUUUAUGUGAUAAUGUAGAUACUGGACCAGAAACCUUUAAUGAUCAUGAAAUGUGUUUUAGCAUCAGAGGAGCUGAACAACCAUUACUUUUACGUGUAAGAAGAGCAUUAGAUUAUCAAGAUAUGCCAUGGCAAUUACGUUAUAUCGGUCAACCUGAAUUGGGUGACAAAUCAAGACCUACAAUCGUUAGAAGUAGCUUAGAUAUAGCAACUAGUAAUACUGUUGUUGACUUUUUAACAGAACUUGGAUGUAGGCUAGAUUUUGAGUAUAUUGCACGUGGUUAUAUGUUUCGUAAGGGUAGAAUGAAGGUUACAGUUUCCAAAAUAUUUAAGAUGGGACAACAAGGAAAACUACCUGAAAGUGUGGAAGCAAUAUCUCAAAGUUAUCUAGUGGAAUUGAGUGUUUUAGCACCUAGUGGCCAAGAUGCAAUAGCUGAAGAUAUGAGAAUUUUUGCAGAACAAUUGAAACCCUUGGUACAGCUUGAAAAAAUUGACUACAAAAGAUUUGUUCAUUAAUAUAAAAAUUAUAAACCAGUAUUGAAUUUCAAAUUAUAUUUGUGUAAGUUUUCCUGUAGAAUUGUAUAUAUAAGGAAAUUUUUUAUAAUUUAAACUAUACAAGAAAUAAAAAUUGUUAUAUUUUCUAUAAUUAAA